UGAUAAAUGAUAAUAGGUACUUAACGCAUUCGGAUCUUCAUUUUAAUAUUUUAUUUAUUAUUUAUUAUUAUUACUAUAAACAGUAUAAACUAUUAUUGGUAGUAGAAAAGUACCAAAAUCAUUAACUAGUCAGAUAAGUACUUAACUACUUAAUAUUUACCGCUUACUUAGUAAUCAUUUAUUUUUAUUAUUACCGCCGGCGACCAAAGAUAGUAAACGACGGAUUUGUAACGAAGCUGCCUUUGUUCUCUCCAUAAAACAUGUUCCGAAACCGGGUAAAACACAUUAGUUGGUUCGUUUACGAAUCGUUCACACGAACUAUUGGAUACCGGCAGGCCCGUCGUGCAGUCAAGUGUUCGCCAAAUGUCCGACUUCCAAUGGUGUUGAGCUUAUCUUUUCCUCUUUUUGGUUAUAACAAGACAAAUUUAACUAACAACAAUGAACUGGAGUUAGCCGUUAACAACGAUGAACUAGUCUUGGAACAAAAGCUGAUUGAAGCCGAUCAGCUAUUCCUGGCGAAUAAGUUUGAAGAUGUAGUAAAACUACUUGGAGAGUACAAGGACAAAAAUAAUGUACAAGUACUAUGGCGUUUGAGCAAAGCUGAGUAUAAUAUGAGUUUAGAUGAAAACAUUAGCAAGGAGAAAAAAAAAUCUUUGAUAUCAUCCGCACAUGAAUCUAUUAUUAAAGCAUUAAGCAUUGAUUCAAAUAUAUCAGAAGUUCACAAAUGGGCUGCUGUCUUAAUUGAUGCAUACAGUAAUAUCAAUUUAGGAGUCAAAGAACAAUUACUUAAAUUGGAAACCGUGAAAUUUCAUUUGCAAAAAGCAUUGGAACUAAAUCCAAAAGAUCCAUUUUCACGAUACAUGAUUGGUUAUUGGAGUUAUAAUCUUGCUGAUAUCUCUUGGUUUCGGAGAAAACUUGGAUCAAUUUUACUUGGCACUGAAAUUCCUACAUCCACAUAUGAAGAAGCAUUAGAAUAUUUUAGAGAAGCUGAAUCAAUUCAACCAAAAUUUUACUGCAAAAAUCUUCUUAUGUUGGGUAAAACAUUUUUGAAAAUGGAUAACAAGUUUAGCGCAGAGUAUUAUCUGAAACUAGUCACUCAAUAUCCUGUUAAAACUGUUGAGGACCAUCAAGCCAAAAUUGAAGCAGAAAAAAUUCUCAAAUCAUCAUUCGGGUAAUAGUAACUGGAUUAUUAUCAUCACUACUUUUGAAAGUACUAAUUUCUAAGUGUAUUUAUAAUGUUUUAACUACCUAUCACAUUUUUUAAUAUCUCAAGCAUUUCAGUGUAAAUAAAACUUCAGAGUUUAGCAUCUCUAUUCUUCAAUGAUCUUUAAACUAUAGCCUGUAGCUCAAAUUGAAAAUUUUCCUAUUUAUAUACAUGCAUUGUUAUUAUUAUCUUAAUAAAAACUUACCAGUAAAUAACUUAUUAUUUGAUUCAUUAAAAAAAAAAAAAAAAUUUUAACUAGUUAAAUUAUUAAUUCAUAUUUAUUAGUUAUUGUAAUUCAAAUAUCUAAAUUUAUAGAAAUUGUAGUUUAAUAUAUAAGUGACUAUGAUACUAAUCUUAAGUUUAAUUAGGUAUAGCUUUAAGUUGUCUUUUUUACUGUCACUAGUCCUACACUUAUUAUAAAAUGCUUAAAUUAUAAAAUAAAUAAAUGUAAACUUUGUAGUUAGAGUUAAAAAAAAAUUUGCUAGUCAUUUCAAUGUAUAUUUAUGAUUUUAUUGAAUAGUAUUGUGUUUAGACUUUAAACAAAAUGAUCUUUUUUAUGUUUAUUUUUAUAUAUUUAUGAUUUGUUAAAGUUAGAUACAGUAUUAUAUCAUAUAGUAUUUAUAUGAUGUUCCUUUAAAGUGCUGUGCUUUUUGUUAGUUAUACAUUUUUUACUUUUGUUAUGAAAAUAAACUAUUAUCACUUGAGCAAUCCGUG